AACGCCAAAAGAUUCACGAGCUCGAUCGAUCCGCAGAGCCCAAACGCUAGCUCCAGCUCCGACCGAACCAAGAAGUACGGCGGCGCCCGGCAUGCCGUGGUUCCCGGCGGUGCCACCGGCGCUGGCGGCGGCCGACGGCGGCCGGAUCAAGAAGCAGCGCGCGGGGCUGCCGAAGCUGCUGCACAAGCUCUUCAUCAAGGUGCUCCGCCUCCGGCCGGCGUCGGCGGCGGAGGAGUUCUACGGCUACCGGAUGGCGCCGGGCGCCGGCGACGAGGAGUACUGCUACUACUACAGCUACGGCGGCGCGGGCGCGUCGUGGGCCGGCGUGCUCUCCUCCAUCCCGGAGGAGGACGACAGCUCCGAGGAGGGCACGCCCGGCGUCGCCCCCGGCCCCGCCGUGCUCCGCAAGGCCAAGUCGGAGCGCUUCGCCGUCGGCCCGCCCGACGCCGCCACCGUCGUGCACGUCGAGGUCCUCCUCUAGGCCACGGAGCCGGCUCGCUGGCUGGCUGUCGUUGCAAUGGGCGCCCGUAUGAGGGUCCCCCGGCCGUUCGAUCCUGAUCCAACGACGGGUUUUUGAGGGGCCAAGUGCUCUAGCCAUCCUCGCCCAGACACACUCGGAACUCCUGAUCUUAUGGUCCCCCAACCAUCUCAAAGUUCAUCGAACGGCUCCAAAUCAAAGGCGCGAUAGUAUCUUGGCGCCUAAUGUACAGUGACGACAAAGAGGAUCCAAAAAUCUACAGUUUUGUAAAUUUCAAAUUCAAAGUCGGUCUUGUUUGUCCGCCGAAUUUUGUGUACUCUGAUAACAGAAUUUGUCAUAACCAUAAGAAAGUUUGGGUUGUGACUUGUGAGGCGGGAUAAUCGAUCGACGAGGAGCACAAGAUCUUCCAUGAAAGUAAAAAAAAAAAGGUAAAGAGAUAGAGAGAUUAUGUGCCAUCAUAUAGGUUCAUGGGUGUCAACUUUGGGCAGUACAAGUUGCUAUCUUGUUUUGACAUAAUUAGUGAUGUGGGUGUUUAUGUUUAUCCCACAUUAGUGGACACUGUAGCUUAAGCUGGGCGGCUCUUGCUCACAUGUUAUUGUACCCUUUCAGGGGCUUUUCUUGUUUGCGUGUGAUUGAGGGCAGAAGCCGCUCUGAAUUCGCUUUUACUGGCAAAGCAGGCCUUCAUGUGUACAAGUUGUCGAGGAAACUUUUUAUCCACUUCUGUUAUCACAGUUAAAGCUCAAAGUUAUCACAGUGAUCUUGCUCAA